CACAUUUUUUCAUUCCUAUAAGCAAAAAACAGUGAGACGGUCGUACAAACUCUGGAAGUUUCUUAAGAAAAGUGUAUUAAAAUAUAUUAAAUUAACUUAAAAAAAUAAAAGAAUAAAAACCAUUUAAUAAUGGCUUCCAUAAGUUUGUUAAAUCCAAAAGCUGAGUUUGCUCGGGCUGCCCAGGCUUUGGCCAUUAACAUUUCUGCUGCCAAGGGUUUGCAAGAUGUUAUGCGUACCAAUUUGGGACCCAAAGGAACAAUGAAAAUGUUGGUUUCUGGCGCUGGCGAUAUUAAAAUCACCAAGGACGGUAAUGUUUUGUUGCAUGAAAUGCAAAUUCAACAUCCUACCGCCUCUAUGAUUGCUCGUGCCAGUACCGCUCAAGAUGAUUCGACUGGUGAUGGUACCACCUCCACCGUUCUCUUGAUUGGUGAGCUCCUCAAGCAAGCCGAUAUCUUUUUGGCUGAAGGUCUGCAUCCCCGCAUUGUCACCGAGGGUUUCGAGAAGGCCCGCGAACAGGCUUUGUCUGUUUUGGAGACCAUGAAAGUGCCCAUUGAGGUGAACAAGAAGAGUUUGACUGAGGUGGCCAAUACCAGUUUGAAGACUAAGGUCCAUGCUGGUUUGGCUGAACUCCUCACCGAUGUCUGUGUGGAUGCUGUGUUGGCUAUACGUCAUGAUGAUAAGCCUGCUGAUUUGCAUAUGAUUGAAAUUAUGGAAAUGCAACACAAGACCUCUACUGAUACCUCUUUGAUUAAGGGUUUGGUUUUGGAUCACGGUGCCAGACAUCCUGAUAUGCCUAAGCGUUUGGAAAAUGCUUACAUUUUGACAUGCAAUGUCUCUUUGGAAUACGAGAAGUCUGAAGUCAAUUCGGGCUUCUUCUACAAGACCGCCGAAGAACGUGAGAAGUUUGUUAAGGCCGAACGUGAUUUCAUCGAUCAGAGAGUUAAGAAAAUCAUUGAAUUGAAACAUAAAGUGUGUGAUGGCACUGAAAAAUCGUUCGUCGUCAUUAACCAAAAGGGUAUUGACCCCAUGUCUUUGGAUGCUUUGGCCAAGGAAGGUAUUAUGGCUUUGCGUCGUGCUAAGCGCCGUAAUAUGGAACGUUUGUCUUUGGCUUGCGGUGGCAUUGCCAUGAACUCUUUCGAUGAUUUGGAAGAAUCUCAUUUGGGUUAUGCUGGUGCUGUUUAUGAGCACACCUUGGGCGAAAACAAAUAUACUUUCGUGGAGGAAUGCAAAAAUCCCCAAUCGGUUACCAUACUCGUCAAGGGCCCCAACAAACACACUAUUGUGCAAAUCAAAGAUGCCAUCAGAGACGGUUUGAGAGCCAUCAACAAUGCCAUUAACGAUAAGGCUGUUAUUCCUGGUGCUGCUGCCUUUGAGGUUAGAGCCUUCAAUCAUCUAAUGAAAUACAAGGACACCGUCAAGGGUAAGGUACGUUUGGGCAUCCAAGCUUUUGCUGAAGCUUUGUUGGUUAUACCCAAGAAUUUGGCCAUAAACAGUGGCUACGAUGCCCAAGACACUAUUGUUAAGUUGACUGAAGAAGAUCGCCUCAAUCCCGAUCCUGUGGGUUUGGAUUUGUCCACCGGUGAAGCCAUGAAACCGGUCGAUUUGGGUGUUUAUGAUAACUACAACGUUAAGAAACAAAUAUUGAAUUCCUGCUCGGUUAUUGCCAGCAAUCUUUUGCUGGUCGAUGAGGUUAUGCGCGCUGGCAUGACCAGUCUUAAGGGUUAGUUUUCCCCCUGGGUUUGGAAAACUUUCUCAAGUAUUGAAUUGAAAUAAAAAACACCCGCUUAUCUAACAUUUUUACUUUAUUUUUCUUUUCUUGGUAUUUAACCAUGUUCCAUAUGUCUCAUUAUUUGCUAAUUUGUUUUUCCAUGUGUGUAUACUUUUAAGACAUUUUCUAUUGAUUUAUUUAAAAAUGCACUUUGAAAAUAAGAAACAAAAACCUAAGGUUUGAAAACAAAAACACUCAACGCUAAUCUAUUAACCAUUUUUUUUGAAAUUUAUCUAAAAAAAAUAAUAAAAUGAAAUCAAGCAUUUAAA